GUCGGCAUGAGGGAUUAUUAAGGCCGUCUCGGAGGGUACUGGUAGCGUUGCUUCUUUCUGUGCCCUCGCCAUAAGACACCGCCGCAUUAUCGACUCAUAUCAACGUGCCGAGCACCUCCUCCAACAUGGAAGGCCAGCAGAAACGCCAGUGGGGCGUCACGAAUCCAAUUUCGGAAGCGCAACCCACGGAAGCAGAUCUCCGGCUGAAUGAUCUCCUCAUAGAGGCCUUGAAAAAGGAGAACAACUUUGAGAGUCCUGAGGGUACGGAGAACAGAGUCAAGGUUCUCAAGCAUCUCCAGAAGGUGGUCGAAGAGUUCGUUCGCCGCGUCGGGAAGCGGAAAGGUGUAUCGCCCUCUACAAUCGAGAAUGCAGGAGGGAAGAUCUUCACAUUUGGCAGCUAUGCGCUGGGUGUCUACGGUCCAAGCUCGGAUAUCGAUACUCUUGUCGUCGCGCCGAAACACGUAAACAUGGCAGAUUUCUUUGACGUCUUCCCUGAAACGUUCAAGGAAAUGUCAGACCCGAAAGAUAUCACCGAGUUCCAUCCUGUGGAGGAUGCGUACGUCCCGAUUAUCAAGAUGGAAUACUGUGGUGUCAGCAUCGACCUCAUCUUCGCAUCCUUGCCGUCAAUGUCCUCCAUACCACCAGACCUGAGUCUGCUUGACCGUUCUCUCCUUCGUGGUCUAGACGAUACUGCGAUGCGUAGUGUCAACGGAACAAGGGUCACGGCGGAGAUGCUCGAUGCUGUACCACAAGUGAAGUCCUUCAGGCAUGCGCUGCGGGCUAUCAAGUUGUGGUCAACCCAACGAGCAAUCUAUGGAGCUGUUUUCGGAUACCCUGGUGGCGUUGCUUGGGCAAUCAUGGUUGCGCGCAUCUGCCAGCUUUAUCCCUUUGCCUGUGGCGCCACGAUUCUUUCCAAGUUCUUCAACUUGAUGAUGAAGUGGCACUGGCCGCGUCCGGUCAUGCUGAAGCAGAUCGAGGAGGGGAGUUUAGGUUUAAGGGUGUGGAAUCCGCAGAUAUAUCCCCAAGACAGGGCCCACCUAAUGCCGAUCAUAACUCCUGCCUUUCCUUCUAUGUGCUCUACUCAUACCGUCAUGCACUCUACGAUGAGCAUCAUGAUGGACGAAUUCAAAAGGGCUGACGCCAUAGUCAACCAGAUUCAUAGUGGGCGCAAAUCCUGGGCUGAUCUGUUUGAGCGACACACUUUCUUCACCAAGGACCAUAAAUACUAUCUGAGUGUCAUUGCGGCUAGCCGCACAAAAGACGCACAUGACGCUUUUGCAGGAUUGGUGCAGUCCAAGGUGCGAUUACUGGUCAAGGGCAUCGAGGAGGGCGAUGCAGGUGUUGAUAUCGCUCGGCCCUAUAUCAAAUCUUUUGAACGUGUCCACCGCUGCCGAAAUGAGGACGAGGUCGACCGAGUAAUACAAGGUAACAUGGACUACCAAGUUCCGAAGGAUUCGAUCCAGAACGGAGCGGCACCCGCUAAUGGAGAUGCUUCCAAUGAGUACCACACGAUAUACACGUCCACAUUCUACAUCGGACUCACUCUACCCGAAGGUGGAAACAAAUCUCUCGACAUCUCUUUUCCGGUGGCCGAAUUCAAGCGCUAUGUCACCAUGUCGGAUACGUACAAGCAGGACCUGAUGUCGAUACGUGUGGUGCACACGAGAAAUUAUCAACUCCCCGAUGAUGUUUUCGAGCCUGGCGAGAUAAAGCCUGCGAAGCCAGUGAAGGAAAAGAAGAAGAAAGCGAAACGCAGUUUCGCGGAGACUGGACUCGACGUGCGUGAAUCAAAACAUGUCCCCAGAUCCAUCAAAGGAGUAUACCGCGCCAUCGGCGGGACACAUGGCCCUUGCUGACGACCCUGCUAAUUUAGGACAGCGAGCACGCUCCAGCCAAGCGGCGAGAAUCCGAGAAGGUCAACGGAGCGUCGACAGCAACCCCCGCCUAAACAGGUUCCUGCUUCAACCACCGCAAGCAGUAUGCAUUCGAAGAUGCUCAAUUCCGCAAAUGUCU